UGCUACCUUUGCUGCAGCGCUUCCUGAAGUACAAAAUAAUCAGGAUUGCAUUUUGAUUAUCAUCAUCGCAGUUCAUGUAUUGAGAGAGGACGCAGGAAUGGAGGGCGUUUACACCCAAGGCAUCUGGAUGGCUGAAAGUCUCCAGCAGAGGACGAUAAGUCAAGAAAAAAUAUGGCUAGUAGUCACUCAUAUUGGAGAUCCUAAAGCAGCCUUCCUGCUCGUCUUUCCCUUCACAUAUUUCAUCAGCAAACGAGUUGGAGUAGCGGUGCUGUGGGUAGCAGCUAUUACGGAGUGGUUGAACAUGGUGUUCAAAUGGAUGCUGUUUGGAGAGAGGCCAUUCUGGUGGAUAGGCGAAUCACGUCUGUUCAUCAAGAAGCAACCCAACGUCGUCCAGUUUUCCUCCACCUGUGAAACCGGCCCAGGCAGCCCGUCAGGACACGCCAUGGUAACGGCAGCAGUCUGGUGGGUCGUGGUGUCCUCACUGGCAUCAUUUCUGUACUCGCGCUCUCACAGCGUGGUGUUAUCAGCAGCUCCCUACCUGCUCUAUGUGCUGAUGCUGGUGGCAGUUGGAAUCUCCAGGAUCUUCAUCCUCGCCCACUUUCCUCACCAGGUCGUUGCUGGAUCCAUCACAGGUGUCAUUCUGGGGAUCGUUCUGAGCCGCAGAGUACCAGAAGGUCGCCCCCUGCUGUUCUUCUUUAGCCUCAGCAUUGGGCUGCUGCUCGGCACUCUGAUGCUGCAUGCCGGACUGCAGUGGCUAGGAAUCGACCUCUCCUGGUCUAUCGCUUUGGCCAAGAAAUGGUGCAGCCGGGCGGAGUGGAUUCGUCUGGAUACAGCUCCAUUCUCCUCGCUGACCCGAGACUGCGGGGCCCUUCUGGGUUGGGGGCUGGCCCAGUACUGGAAGCCAGGUGGAUGGUCUCUGCCUUUGGCCCCACGGGCUUUGUCUCUGGCCAUUUCAUCCAUGGGGCUGUACCACGUGAAUCGUCUGCCGCUCCCGGUCGGGUCUCAAAUCCUCUUCUAUGGCCUGUUCUUUGUUAAAUUUGUCAUAGUGCCUCAGAUUGUCAUGGUGCUUGUGCCUGGACUGGUUCACCUCUUCACCCACAAAAAGAAGAAAGACUAGAAACUAUUGUUACUGUUAGAGAUGUCUUUCACACCUCCUCGGACAGUUUCUGUAAACACUUUAAAUGUCUCGUUAAUGUCUGAUUUAAUCGUCAAAAGUGUUGUAAAUACAACAGUAUUAUAGUUUUUUGUGUGUAGCGCAGUUUUCAGGUAUUGCUGUCGGGCUUUUGAGUGUCACUUAAGACUCGGUGAUGGGAGAUAUGGCUCUAAAAUAAUGUCAGGAUAUUUCAGGGUAUUUCUGAUACAGAGGGCAAUUUGCAAAAUAUUUUGCGAUGCUAAGCUGAGUGAACGUAGUUUGUCUGCUUGGUUUAGAAGUGCUGUCUCGCUCCCUUCACGGGAUUUAUGUCUCCUCGUACUUCAGCUUGAGGUGGUGAAAUUUGUUGUUACCUCUUUUUGUUGUUACGGUCUUCUUGCACUUCUUUCAACUUGGAACAUUGGCAUUUUCAUGAAAUGAUGUAAGUCAUAUAUGGCACACCACUGCUUGAAACAGGUAUCUUUUGCUCACUUCAAUGCUCACUUUAAUGUUUCAGCCCUCACACCUUCAGUAAGUAAAUACAAAGCAGAUGAAAACAAGAUUUAGGUAACGAAGGUGUGAGAUCUGAAACGUUAUUCAGAAUGUGAGCACAAGGUGCAGAAUUUUGUUCUUUUCCCUGUCAAGUUUUCAGUCCUGUCAUUCAGACCUUCUGGUGCGCAAGAAUUGAUCUUUUGUUACGCAAGAAGGGUCAAAAGAGUAACCCAACCGAUUUAGUGCUACACUCCUACAUCAGCAUCUGACCACUAAAAAAAGACCAAAAUCUAUGCAGCAGAACCAGAGAUAUCUUAUUUAUACCACACAUUCCUCUUCCUUUGCAAAGCUUGGCACUUACAUUACCCACAAUGCAACUCAACAUUUUCAAACUUAUAGUCUUCAGCUCCAACCACGCAGACUCAAGUGACGUCACAUGAGGCAGUUUAGCUCCAAAAGUGAACUUCUUUCACUCGAGCAUCAGCACUACCCAAGACCUGUGAACAGAUUUGAGGUGUAAAAUGUGCUAAAGUUCUCCUUUAAAAUUGUAAAACAUAAGCGUGAAGUAAUAUUCUGUGUAAAAUUCAGCAAUAAAAAAAAACUUAAAGGAACCAUUUCCAG